AUGUUAUUUAUUUACCUUUUAGUUCGACCAGAAGUUCAUAUUUCUGGAGCACGCAAUCUCAUCAUAAAAGCACGCAAUCUCAUCAUAGAAGGAAGCAGUGUAAACCUUACGUGUAAAGUUGUGGUGGGUCGGCCUGAACCACAGAUCACCUGGCUCAAGAAUAAUACAUUGCAAGGAGAGAGUUUGACUCUCUUCUUUUCUGAGAUAACAAAGGAGGACGAAGGGCAGUACACUUGUAAGGCAGAGAAUGAAGCAGGCAUUUCUACCAAAGACAUUGAUAUUUCUGUAAAGGGUGUGUUUGUAAAGCUCACAACUGUAUUAUAAAUCAAUCAUGCAAUUGAUGCAUCUACGGAGUGCGGAUCAAUAGUCAGUGGGCCCGACUCUAGGUUAAGGUGUCUGGGUCUGAGCUAAGGGUAAGGUAAUUGUAGAAAACUAUCAGAAAAAUUAAAAACAUGUAAGGGCUUUCAGCUAUUAUCUGCGACUGAUUCACCAGUGACGACCAGGUCCUGGAUGAAUAUUUUUUUCAGAACACUUCAUUAGUUAUUUAUUGCGAAGAACUGGAAAGUCUUGUUGGAAUUGUUCCUUUGUUCCCAUUCUAACUAUUUGAUGAUUUCAUGGAUAAGUUAGUAAUAUAGCCUGACGGACAUGGUUUUUGGAAGGAUUUGUUUGAUAUGGUAAAAAAGUGGCUCGUUGUCUUCUUCUCCUUCUUUUUAUUGUUAUUUAUUCUUGUAAUUUUUUUUUCUUUUUGCGGGUGGGGGAGGGGGGGAGGUUGGCUGGCUUCUCAUUUUGUAAUUUGUGUUUACAUGCUUACUUUGCAGUUCCACCCCAUGUUCGUAAUGAGUCUAGAAAUCUCACCAUUGCAUUUGGCUACCCAUUUAUUAGAGAGUGUUAUUUUAGAGGUGACCCACAAGUAUAUGUCAACUGGACCAAGGAUGGAGUGCUAAUUAGUAAAAACAACACCUUGGUUAUUAGAAAAGCGAUGUUUAAAGAUAAAGGCCAUUAUGAAUGUACUGCUAAAAAUGAUUAUGGCGAAGCAAACUCUUCCUUCUGGAUCGAUGUCACAGGUAAACCCAAAAUUGUAGUUUAUGUCAUUUAUCAAACUUGCAACUUAACAGAGCGUUUGUUUUAAAGUUUAAGCCAAAUUUAAAUAGACCUAUUUUUUUCUCUUUUCAUCCAUUUCUUGGUCACUUAGAGUUGAUUCUGACUUACAAACACCCAGAUUGUAAAUGAAGAUAAAUCCAUAACCAAAGAAAUAAUGAAAAACACCUCCCGCUAUUAAGGAAUUCCAAAUCCUGUGGUCCACUCUAACAUUUUUAUCCAUGGACGCAUGUCAAAAUACUCAAUUUGGAGACGUCAAAUGACAUAUUUCCUUUUCUUUAUCACAAAAUGCGAAUGUUUCACAUUGUUUUGAUCAUCAUUGCCUGAUAACUUUUCAAUUCAAUAAAUACUGCUAAAAAAUAAAACUGAUAGUCAUUAAACAUAUAUGUUUUUAACUUCACACUCAACAACCAGAAAGAAAUAAGUGAAGGUUAUCGGCACAACUGGAGCAACUUAAGGCAAAGCAAUAUCUUUUUAUGCUUAACGCGAAGAAAACCUUUGGAAAAAAUUGACCUUGGUUAAAAAUAGACUCGAACAUCGCCUUUAUUGUUUUGAUUUUUUUGUUGUUGUUGUUUCGUCGUUUUACCAAAGGUUGGAUAAAUGGAGUUAAAAUGGACUAUACAAACCUUAUUAAUUUUGGAUUUUUUUUUAUUGAAGUAUCUCCACAGAUUAUAGAGCCUCCGAUAAACCAGUCUGUUACUGAAGGAAACUCUGUGAACUUUAGUUGCCGAGCCUCAGGUGUGCCAGCACCAACAUUAGUCUGGAUUUUUAAUAAUGCUGAACUGCCAUCUGGUAUCAAUCAAACCAAUCACGAAGGAGAAUCAUUCCUAGAAUUUUUAAGCGUCACAAAAGGGAUGGAAGGGACUUACAAGUGUGAAGCGAAAAAUAAAGCAAAUACAACUAGUUCAUCUGCAACACUGCGUGUAUACGGUAAGUUUAAUGAUAAUGACGAUAAUGAUGACGAUAACAAUAACGAUGACGCUCACUUUGACGAUGACGCUGACGAUAUCCAUGGCGAUGAAGAUGAUGUGACGCCAACACUGAAGUGAUGCUGACGAUGAGGGUGACAAAUAUGGACCAGGAUUUUAAUCAGUUGCCUUUUUCAUAACGCAGGAAAAGCCUCUGUUCAAGUUUUUCCAGAUCAAUAUCCAGCAAUCACAGCAGGAGACAACCUCACGUUGACCUGCAUCGUCAAUGAAGAAACAAUAAAUGUAACUUGGAAAAAAGAUAAAGACUCACCACCUGAAAGAGCAAAGAUUGAUACGCGAUUCGAUGACAAGAAGAGCACAUUUGCAAUAACUGAAGUUGAGAAGGAGGACAGUGGUGUGUAUUCUUGUGAGGGACGUAAUAAGCUCGGUAUUGUUGACCGUUCCUUUGUAAAAAUAAACAUCAAAGGUAAGCUGGUGUUACUGUUGUGUUUUAAAAAGGCAUAAAACUUUAUUAAUUGAAAAAUAUUUUUCCAAACAGAUUAAAACUAUUUUUCAGUUAAAGAUGAAACAAAUGUGGGUCACCUGACCCAUCUGCAUGAAAUUACCUUGCAUUGCUCUGUGAAUUUCAGUUAUUUUGCUUUUAAGAGCAGGUGUCAGUCAAGGGUUAAAUAAUGCUCCAAGCUAUUACAAAGCUAUUCCAAACAACUUGAAUUUUAUCAGUUCUUUUACUACCGUCGAGAUUUCUCUAAUGGCCACAUAUUUAUCUUACACAAUUAGCGAAGCAAGUGCCACGAGCUAUGCAAAGUUUCAACACUUUAUGGUAUUACAUUGGUGGAUUAGUGGCGGCAGCGACUGUCAUUUCGCUAAUUGCCUGGUCUUUCUGCAAGCGUCGAAGGGCAGGUGACGUCCAUUUUUCUGUGUUAUUUUAGAUUUCUUUUUCUGAAAGUAAAAUAAGGAAAUGUGUGGGUGGGGGGGGGGUGGGGAACACUGAGCUAAGAGUCUAAGAGUAGUGAUAUUUUUAUAAGAAUUACUCGUGUCCGGCCAAAAAUGCUAAUUGUAGAGUUUUUUCACAUCUGCAUAUGCUUUGAUAACAAUUAUAAAUUCAGGAAAUAUCACGUCACUCUUCAUUUGUGCAAAUUCAAAUUAUACUGCCAUUACACAGAAAUUUUAUUAGAAUUUUAUGUCAGUGAGCUAUUAUAGGCAGGUCAUAUUGUGCAUUUCCAGCACUGAUUUUGAAGGUCCUUCUUUAGUUCCGGAAAGUCCACUAACCAAUCAAAUUACAAAAAGGUUAAAAAUUAUAUCAAGCUGAUUACCAUGACAACCAGCCAUAUUCCAUCUGUCGUUGUUUGACAACAGAGGCAAAUAUUUGAUACACGUGGUUUCUGAGUCGCAAACUUUCACUAAGUUAAUGAUGUCAUUCUUACUCACAACGAAGCUAUUUCUUCGAUCUUUUUCCACAUAUCCUUUGUUAAUAGCCCCACCUGAGGUGCCACCCAGGCUGCAGUAAGUGAAUUUUUUUUCUUUUUUCUUUUUUUUUUGCUCACUGUUUGAACGUGUGGUUAUUUCUGAAGUUUCUAACUCUUGAAUAAGAUUUUGUAGAGAAGUGAUAAGUGUCACUGCUGAGCAAAUACGUCUUUUGUUAUCAGUUUGGACCGAUUAUAUUCACCAUUAAGAGCACACUGGCUAAAAUAAAAGGUUUUUCUUUCGAUGCAGCUGCAGUUUCUAAGAGGUUCUUAUCAAAUGGCAGUCAAAUGUUUCCUAAUAUUCUUUCUGUUUUGGAUUCGUUCGUCCUUCAAUUGUUUUAACACCUUGUUUAGUAUCUUUUUUUUUGUUACCAGUAUGCAUGGUUGUGGGUGGCGUACUUUUAAAGAAGAAGAGAAGCUUUGACCCUUCGUCACUUUUUGUUACAGAAACUACAGUUGAAAUACACUCGGAGUCUUGUAGACCGAUUUAAAAUACCACUCGAUAUAUCGAUUGUAGACAAUACUUCGGAUGGUUUGGUUAGUAUUUUAUUUCUCGCGUAGGAGGCACGAUAUUUAUAUGAUGUAAAAUGCCGAAAAACAGUCAGGUUAGGUUAUUUUGAGGUUAUCUUCUAUCUUUAUUCAAUUUUUUUUCAAUAAAAUCUCCUCUCUGGGUCGAAGCGUCGAAAAACCGGGUUCAGUAAAUUAGCAUCCAAAUUUCACCUAGUUCAAUAAUUUUUCAUUGGCAAGUGAUAAUUUUCUGAAGCACCCGGAAAUGAAAUGAAAAGAAAAAAAUUUAAAUUGAAGAUAUAUAUCUUCACUACGUUAUGUUAAACCAGAUUCAAAGAAGGAAAAGAUAGAUAGGUAACACAGAUAGUUAAAGUCUUGUUUUCAUCUGCAAUUAUUCAGUGAAGGGGAAGAUGAAGUUGAGAUGGAUCAGCUGAACGCAAACACAGACGGAUGGGAGAUUGCAGUUGACCGCCUGAUCCUUCGCGAGCAUAUUGGCAAAGGGGCAUUCGGUUCAGUGUGGCGAGCGCUACUGGGUCGUUCCCGUGGCAGACCUGGAAAUCGCACAGUUGCUGCGAAAUGCUACCUACGUAAGUACUUUUUCAGGUCUUUCUUUCAUACAAAGCUUGAUUGAACUAUCCUUUAUUAAUUUUUUAAGUAAUUUAUCCUAAUAAAGAGUAUUUCUCUUAGAACAUGCUUUAUUAACCUACCUGAUACAUAACAUGGAUAGCUUAAAAACUAUGCGCUGUUCAAAUGAUUUAUCAGCUGGCAUGUCAAAUUAAUUGUUAGCGGAUGGUUCCCGGGGGUGACCAGUUGUUAAAUCUUUUGUCAUACAACGCUACUAAAACAGAACAGAACACGAAUAUCAUUUGGAGUAUUAGAAGCUGUGAAGAAAAAUGAAAAUUUAUUGAUUAAAUUGCAUUCAAGUGUAUAAAAGCGGAAAAUAAUACAAUACUAGAAAUAUGUCACUCCGUCGUAUAUUUUGCAAAGUUACCCGCUUUGAAGUUUUUGAUGGGAAAUAAUGUCAUGAGAUCUCAAAGAAACCUUGAGAGGGUGAGUCUAGCGAAAAAAUCUCGAAGCAAUUUGCCAGUCUAGUGAUGGUAGUAUGAGCUUCUUCCGCUGGAAAAGCUGAAAAUUACAAUGCAGUAGGACCUGUAUUAAGCGGUCAGUUUUGAAAAUCCCGAAACUUUCCUCCUUUACUUAUAGUACUUUUUAUAUCAAGCGGUUGUGGUCACCCUUUACUAAGUCCCAACAGCCUAUUUGUAAUAUUCCCCACCUUUAUUGAACGGUCACUAAAGCGGAAGUACUCAAGUAAAAUUAAGAAUAAUUUUUCAAGUAAAAUUGAAUUUAUGUUUAUCUCCCGAAAUCAAUGUUAGUAAUAUUUUUGAGCGAGGUUGUGUAUGUUAUGUGGUCCGUGAUGGCUUAGAGUGGCGUUUUCUAACUUUUAUCAGUAGUAGCCCUAUUCCGUGGAACCCAUAUUAAACGGUCAACCAUUUUCCGUGCAUGACCGCUAAAUACAGGUUGGACUGUAACAAGCUGACAGAGUCAAAUGAAUUUACAAUAGCUCCGGAAAUGCUCACGAGUUACUGUAGCUUUUAUUAGGAUAAAAGCAAGGAUUAUGUACCAUAUGAACGGUAGGAAACAAGAAGGCGGAAACAGAGCAUAUCUUUUCAAAUAUCUAUUCGACCGACUAUUAGGUAUUAUAACAGGUGGAAUUUCUAGGCUUAAUUGCGUCUCUACUUUUGUAAGUUGUCUGUAAACAAUUGCGCGAUUCAAUGCUCGAGAUGAGCAGCGUUUUCCUAACCAAAUGAUUUUUUCAACGAGGAUGAAUUUAUUUUGUAAAUUUCAUGUUCAAUACAGUGAACAAUACGGCUAACUGACAUUUUUGGCAAGUAUGGAUUAUAUGGAGUUUAGUUACCUAAUUUUUUUUUUAUGUAGACCAAAUGCAUCAUAAUUUGCGCUAGUAAUAUAACAUCAAGUAUACAACAAUUCUAUAUGUGGAUGUUUACCACAUAAUUAAUUGUCUCUCUUGACAUGCAAAGUUUGUUUGUUUAUCUAAUUUUUGUGUGGUUUCCUAGCAAUCUCCGGAGAGAAAGGAAGGAAGGCCCUGCUGAGAGAGAUCGAGUUAUUAAAACUCUUUGGAAGGGAGGGCCAUGAAAAUGUUGUUAAGUUCAUUGGUUGUGUCACAGUUGGAGGUAAUCAGCUAUUGUUAUGAUUAUAAUCAGCUAAUUCACAGCAACGAUAGAGACAUCUCUGAGUUCAACCACUGGUACAAUUACUUCUAUCAGUAUUCUUAGUCCUUGCUAAGAUGGUGUACUAACUCAAUGGUUAUUUUCAAUUGUUUGACUGUUUUAAAUUAAUUUACUUCGCACUGUAUGAGGGGCAUUUUACUUGGAGGAUGUUAGCUCUAAAAUCAACAUGCUGAUUGUGAUAAAAACUUCAACUUACAAUGGCAAGUCUUUGUCUAUUUAUCUGCCAUCUCUGUUUUUUCUGUCUGUCUGUAGAUUUCUAUCAGCCGUAUGUGUCCGUCUAUUUUCUAUCUGUGUGUUUUCUUCUUUCACUUUCCCUCUCUGUCUCUAUUUUGAUUCAUUACAGAUAUAACCUGAGGUAUAACUAGAUAAAGCAUGUACAAUUCAAACACGUUUUGGAACUUCUGCACUGCUUGCCGUAAAAUAAUUUUCUUGUUUUUCCCUUUUAGCUCAGCCAAUACUUAUCAUGGAGUACCUGUGGCGAGGUGACUUGCUGGGUUAUCUCAGAAAAUCCAGGGGGGUUUUCGACCAAUAUCAUCAUGGGGUCGGAGGGGUCGACCACUUGACAACAUAUGACAUGGUGCUGUUUGCUAAACAAAUCGCACAUGGUAUGACUUUCCUCGCGUCCAGAGGGGUAAGUGCUCAAACUCUUUCUGGUCAGCAUGAGGUCCUGCAUGUGAUAAAAUGGCAUGUCUUGCAAAUCGUCAAAGUAAUACUCCAUACGGCUAAAAAUAUCCAGCACAUUAGAGUCACUAUUUCACCGAGAAAUAGUCUGACAUUAGCAUGAUGUUAAACUUUCUACCUAUAUUUUACUUUUUUUUAUUUUUUGUAGUUUAUAAAAGCCCCUUUUAGCAGAUCAAAUAAUUAUUUGUUUUCGAUUUCAGAUAAUUCAUCGCGAUCUUGCAGCUCGUAACAUCCUUCUUGAUGAGCAUCGUGUCUGCAAGUUGACUGACUUUGGGCUCUCUUAUCAGGAUUUCAAAUACGGCCCAGGAAAUGCCAAGAAGGUAGUUUUCAGAAUUUUUUCAUCAUUUAGUCAAUUGGUUUUGGGGCUGCUGGUAUGGAAGAUAAAAAUGUGAAGAAUUAAAUAUUACUGUCCUUACAAACCUUUCUUUUCAGUUAUACAGUCUUUCUGCAAAACAUAUUUCCUUUUAAUGGGAAGCCAUCCUAAGCGUAUCGAAGCUUUCACAGAAAAAAAAGAAUGAACACAGGAAAUAAGAAAGCCGGAAGAGAUAUCGUUCUCUGAAUAACAAAGAUACAAACUCGAAGGGCAAAGUAACAGAAAAAUUUAAAGCAAAAGGAGUGUGUGAAUUGUUUUCAUAGAAUUUGUACAAAGGUGUCUACUGCUAUUGACUUUAUCGUGAAUCCUCACAUCACGGUUUUAAUCUUAUAUGCAAAUUAUUUUAGGAGCUGUAUACAAGCCUCUUUAGAUUUCAGAUGUUUAUAAUAUUUUGGUUACUCAUCUAGGGAUGUAUCCCAAUCAAAUGGACUGCACCCGAGAUUCUCUUUGGACAUGUGGAACAGCUGUCAACCAAAAGCGAUGUGUACGUACUGUAUUGGUUAUUAUCUAAAUAUUUUCCAUAAGUGAAUAUUUUUUACGAUUCUACCUUAACGUAGCGAGAGAACCUAGAAUAUUCAGUGCUCUAUUCAUCUAUUGAUUAGAGGGUCAUUAGGAAACGCCAAGCUGAGGAACAGCUGAGGUUACAGCUGUAGUAUGAGAAUUUAUAUGAAUAUUAAGUUUAACGAGCAAUAUCCACAAUCUGUUAAGGACAAGAAAAGACGGAUGAAAGGAUGAGUGGAUAAUCAAACUAAAAAAUAUGGCGUUUUCUCUUAGGGAGGUUGCUUAUAUCUUGAUGGCAUGUUUCUAAACAUCCCAAGUAUCUAAGUAAUUAUUAUCUUUCUAACCCAGUUGAGAUAUAUCAUCAUCCUUCCAUUUCUUUGACAGGUGGUCCUACGGAAUCGUCUUGUAUGAAAUCUUCACUGUCGGUACUUAACUUAUUUGUUACUUUAUAUUCAGGAAAUAUACCUGCCGAAAUUGCACGCAUAAUUACUAACUGAUGAGUGAUACCGAGCGGACAAAAGAGCAUUGUACAAUAGAGAAGUAGAAGCAACACUCAAUGUCGCUGAUAAAUAAAAUUAUGACGAUGCAUAGCAACUUGAAAUAAAGCUUAAGUUUAAGUAGAACUGAAAGUAUUUAGUACAUUAUUGAAAAACCUUAAAUCCAUCGCUACACUUAAAUUUGUUUUUUUUUACAGUACUCUUUCAUCUGAUGUAAAACCGAAAUGUAUUUCAGCAAUUAAUUGUCGUUUUGACAGAAGAAUCAUUUCGAUCGCGCUGAGAGGAAUGAAAGUGAUUACAACAAAAAAAAGUGUGCUUUUUUGGCCAACAGAAAAACAUUAUUUUUCCACAGGAGGCAUUCCUUACGAAGGAUGGUCUCAGUCCACGACAAUGAAAAAAAUCGAAGAAGGUUAUCGUCUGCCAAAGCCUGAACAUAUCGACGACAGUUUGUAAGUGUUGCUUCCUUUGUGUGGAAUGUUAUAUAAGUCAAAAGCAACAUCGAUUGCUGCUGUGGUCAGGUGUUUUUGAUACACUCGCUCUGAAUAAGUAGCCUUCCUAAGAAAUUAUUUUUAUCUUGUCACUACAAAAAUUAAAAUGAAAAGUUGUUGAGUCGAAUAAAGAAUAUGCUGGGUUUUUCAUCACAGAAUUCGUUUGAGCUGCAAUGUAAUGAGAUAAACUUGGCAUUUCAGUUUAUUUUUGUAACUAGUUGUGGUUUCUCAACUUCGCUACUUGCAAUAUUAAUGCCUACCGCAGAAUUACUGAGGUCAUAUGUCCCUGUGUUUUUCUAUAGAUACGCGGUGAUGUUAAACUGCUGGAAAUACGAAAGCACCAGCCGACCACACUUUGUGAAGCUCUACCAAACAAUGGAUACAUAUAUUAAAACAAAGGUUUGCCAUACAGCGUCUAAUUCAGGAUAUACUUCAGAAAUUGAAAUUGGUAUCCUACCAAGUCAAUUGCAAAUUUCUUUUCAUUUCAAUGUGAUGUCAAAACGCAUUAACUACCCAGCCGCUAACAAUUUGUGAAUUCAGUUUCAUCAUGAACUAAUGUUACUUUUUAAACAUAUGCAAGAGUGGUUACGUUAUGUUAGUCUGGAUCAUCCUUAUUUCCCUCUGUUGUCUACACACAAGAAAGAACGGAACAGAUCUUAAAAUAACACUUUUGGAAAACUUUGACAGAAAGGAAGACCUUACCUGACUUUUAUUCUUAUCAAUUCAUGCAAGUACUAAUGGUUCUCGUCUUUGUGAUUGAUAUCUGAUCUGCUCUUUUUUUUCUUUUUAGUGACUCAUUUUUGGAAUUUCUUUGUUGAAUUUUUGAAAUUCAUUCGUUCAAGAUUUUUUAGCUCAUGCAGUUCCUGAUUACCUUCUAAUCUUUUUCAUAGACGUAUGUAGAUAUCUUUGACGAUGACAAGUAUGAUCAGGAUAAGUACAACUUUGUCGAUGACCGUGGAGCUGUUGCAAACCCAGAAGAUGCGGGACCGGACGAGCUAGGAGCAGCUGCAGCAAAUCCCAUCGGUGAAGUGGGUGAACACGGUGCUACGGCACAUCCCUUUGCAGUUGCAGUGGACGAUGAUGCUACAGCUUUCCUUCCUGGAAUUAACGUAGGAGACGAAGGAGCACCUGCAACAGAUCCCGACCGUGAAGUGGGUGAACACGGUGCUACGGCACAUCCCUUUGUGAUUGCAAUAAACGAUGGUGCUCAAGCUUUCCCUUUCGCUAUUAACGUACCAGAGAAAGGGGCAGCUACAGCAAAUCUCGCCCAUGAAGUGGGUAAGCACGGUGCUGCUGCACAUCCCUUAUUAGUUGCAAUUGACGAUGGUGCUACAGCUUUCCCCUUCGCUAUUAACUUACAAGACAAAGGGGCAGCUGCAGGAAAUCUCGCCCGUGAAGUGGGUAAGCACGAUGCUACGGCACAUCCCUUUAUGGUUGGAAUUGACGAUGGUGCUACAGCUUUCCCUCUCGGAAUCAAAGUAGAAGAAGAAGGUUGCGCAGCAUACCCUUUUGAGAGUGAUAAGAAAGAUAUGGAUGCCCAAGCGUACCCUUUGGAGAGUGAUACUUUACCAUACCUUAGCGAGAACGAGGAAGAAGAUGUUGAUGACUCCAAGUGCCCUCUUGCGAUUGAGGAAGAAGAAAUUGAUGACUCCGAGUGCCCUCUUGCGAUUGAGGAAGAAGAAAUUGAUCCUUUACCAUCCUCCCUGGUGAUGGACGAAGACGGUCUAGCUGCUUCAGCAUGUCCCCUUGUGACUGACGGAGAAAAUUCUGAUUCUUUAGCAUGCCCCCUUGUGGUUGAGGAAGAAGAUUCCAAUAACUCAGCAUGCUCCCCUGUACCUGGGGAAGAAGAUUUGGAAGCCACAGAAUGCCUUUCUGUUACUGAAAAAGAAGAUCCUACCUCUUUCGCACGCUCCGCAAAUGAGGUGAACAAACCCGAUACCUCACCAUUCCCUUGUGUGAUCGAAGAAGAAGAUCUUGAUUCUUUAGAAUACAAUCCUCUAAGCGAAAAAGGCCUCAGUGAUUCCGUCUUCCCUCCAGAAAUUCAAACUGAUGACGAAGAAGGUGUAACAAGUGAACCUGAAAAUACCGUUGGUUAUGAAGGUGCUGUAGCAGUUCAAUCUGAAAAGGAGGCAGUAGAAGAAGAACCUAAGACUUGCCAACUAGAGUACACGAAGGAUGAACAAGACGAUCUUGGAAACUAUAUGGACGACCAAAGUGAUGCUGUAGACCUUUUUGACGGAGACGCUGGCGUACAAGAGUAUGAUGGUAAUCAACUUACUGCUGCGGAUAUAGACGAAACUGGAAGUGACGAAGACGAGGAGUCAUCUGAAGCAACUCCUCUUGUGCAGGACUGA